UUCUCGGCGUUCUGCGUGAAAAACCUCUUUCUCUGCGUGAAAACAAAUUUUCAAACUUUCUCUCUCUGUUUUAUUUAGUUAUUCACCACUUGAUUAAUUUGGAAGAGCAAAUCAGUUUCCUCUCUGUCAAUAGUGUAUGUAUCUUUGAGUAACUUAGUCAAAGCUCAGGUGCAGGUUCUCUGUUUUCUAAAAUCUACAUAGACCAGCCAUAUGCAGACAGACAAGGUGCCAUGGACAUCCCUCUGCCUCUUAGUAAAUUAACUCUGCAUUUGGUUAAUCGUGACGACAAGGACAAGAAGUAUGUAGUUCUAGUAGCAACUGGAAGUUUCAAUCCUCCUACUUAUAUGCAUUUACGAUUGUUCGAGCUGGCGAGAGAUGCACUGAAUUCACAAGGCUUUUGUGUCAUUGGAGGUUAUAUGUCGCCUGUUAAUGAUGCGUACUAUAAGAAGGGCCUUAUAUCUGCUGAACAUCGUAUACAGUUGUGCAAUCUAGCCUGCCAGAGUUCAGAAUUUAUAAUGGUUGAUCCUUGGGAGGCAAGACAAAGUAGCUUCCAACGCACUUUAACUGUUCUGUCUAGAGUCAAGGAUUUCUUGUCUGAGUCUGGGCUGAUACCAAGUGAAUACCUUAAGUGCAUGCUUGUGUGUGGCUCUGAUCUACUCCACUCUUUUGGCAUUCCUGGAGUUUGGAUUGCUGAACAGGUCAGAGGCAUAUGCAGAGAUUAUGGUGUGGUUUGCAUUCGCAGGGAGGGACAAGAUGUUGAUAAAAUUAUAUCAAAUGAUGAAAUUUUGAAAGAGAACAGGGGCAAUAUAAGGAUCGUGAACGAACUUGUACCUAACCAAAUAAGUUCUACAAGAGUAAGGGAUUGCAUUUCAAGAGGAUUGUCGAUAAAAUAUCUGACUGCAGAUGAAGUAAUUGUUUACAUCAGAGAACAUCAUCUCUACUCGAACUCAAAUGACAAGUGAUGAAGAAGAUAUCUUCAUCAUACACAGCACAUGUUUAUCAGAUCAUUCCGUAGAAAGUAAUCGAUUGAUUGAUAAAACAAAUUCUGCCAUGUUUAUCAGAUUUUUCUGUAGAUAUGACAAAACCAAAUCGCAGUUCUCAAGGAAUUAUCAAGUUACAUUAAAGAGUAUCCAAAUUCAAAACUAAUUGGGAAUGGAUGAAGAGGGCAUAGGGCAUCGCAUUUAUUU